GUGCAGCAGAGGGAGGAGGGAGUGUACAGUAUGUGAGGUAGGUGUAGGUUGAUGAUGUCGUCCAGGCCACGCCCACCUGCAGAGGCUAUAGAUGCCGGUGUUUUGGGGGUCCACCUCUUCACAUCGAGGACGUCCGACAGCUGAACAAGUCCUAAGACUGCAGGAAGAGAGACGCUUAGUGAAGUUGUCCAGCUCCUGGUCACUCCUCAUCCUCCUAAACCUUCAUCAUCAUCCUCUUCACCCUCGUCUUCUGGAAGCCGAAGCUUUGAGAGGUCAUGCCGGGCAUCGCUCUCCUCCUCCGGGUCCUCGUCCUGCUGCUGGGAGGGACGAUUCUCCUCAACGGCAUCCCUGCACCGAGGAGCAGAGUGCGCCGUCAGAACAUGAAGGUUCGGAUCAACGCCACUGGCGACACCAUCGUAAUGAAGUUUGUGCGUCCGAAUCCGGACGUGAAGCUGGAGGGUUAUAUUCUGGGUUACGGCAGCAGCAUGUUCUCCAAACAGUUCAUCCAGCUGCCCGAGAACGGACAACCAUACGAGACUGAGAUGGACGCAGAGCCCAAGUACCUGGUGGCCGUCCAGCCAAUCCCGGCCAACGACGUGAAGAAACACUGCACAGGGAAGGUGAACCUGGAGAAGCCGCUGCACCUGGUGAUCGGCUCCGUCAGCCCCACGGCCGUGCUGCUGUCCUGGGGAAACUACCUGAAGACGCCCUACGAAGGGAACAUCAUGAACGAGUGUCUGGAGGACGGGUUCUACACCAUCCGCUACAGAGAGAGGAACAGGAAGUGGAUCUAUCAGACCUGCCCAACCAGCGACACGGUCAUCGACAACCUGAAACCCAACACGCCAUAUGAGUUUGGCGUCCGCUCCAACAAGGACGACCGCAGCGGCACGUGGAGCAAACUGGUCGUCCACAACACCAACAUGGGCAAUAAGAACGCACAGACGCCGUACAAGGUGCACAGUCCUCUCGUGAAGCCGCUGAAACCCCAAACUCUGUUCCCUCCUCGUACCGCCAUUCACAACAGGACGCUGUCUGGACCCCCUCCUGCGCCCAAAAACCCGGCUUUUCCCGGAGCUCCUCGCACUUCUUUUGGGCCACCUGAGAGCCAACAGGAAACUUUACCCCAGCGCGGCUCUGCUGAGCCUGAAUGGCCUCAUGUGUCACUCGACAAAGAAAACACUGUCAGAAAUGACACCAAGCAACCAGUGGAUCAUCCUCCUGCCCUCCCCCAAUUCCUGCCCACCAAAGCCCCUACCGCCAACGCCUCAACCUCCCUCCUCCUUAAAUUACACUCCAGUGGCGACUCACUUCAGGUGCUGACUACUAAGGCGCCCACUAAUCCACCUGAGAAGCCUCAUAACCCUGCUGCUUUCGGCAAAUCACAGGAUGGAUCAUCGCUGCUGACAUCAGCUCUGGCCAAUGAGAGAGCUAAAGCUAACAACUGGGGUCAAGGCAGCAAAAGAAUUCCCUCUCCUUCACUGCCUUUGCAGCCCUACAACCCGGCAGCUACCACAUUUACCAGAUCCAUGAGGCCUACAUCAAGAAAUCCCCUCUUUCCCUUCUCUAAUGGCCUAAGACAGUCCCACUCCUCCACUAGACCCAGUAACUCAUCCCCAACUUCUCGGAUACUCGGGGUAAACGGACAGCCACAUCGGGGCAUUUCCCCACCUAAACCAGCCUUAUGGUCCAGGCAUCGACUGGUGAACAACUCAUUGCUGGAGUCUGACUUCCCUGAUGGGUUUGGCCGCUCGGCUCCCAAAAGCGAAGAACGGUUUUAUGUAUCCCCUUCUCGCCCGUCCACGGCCAUCAAAAAAAAAAUAAACCUGGUGCGGAAACCCGGAGAAACAGACAAGGUGAAGGACUUUAAGCAGACGGACAAGUUGCAGAUUCUCCAACCCAAAGUCCCACCAGCAACCACCAAGCCAUCCAAACAAGAACGCAAACAAACCACGACUGCUGCACCGACAGCUGCCAGUCGACAGGAAACCUGGGAGGACUCUGAGCUGUUCAAACCUCAGCCAGCCUCUGACCUUGACGCCACGGGAAAGAAGCGAUACGUUGCGCCUCACGUCAUCUACCAAACUGGGAAGAAACCGGACGAGCCUUGCUCCAUCACCUCCUCCCUCAGCUUCUUCCCCGAAGAUGAACCCAGUGAGGCAAACGUGACGGCUCCGCCCAAGUCUCCACCGUCUAACAUCACCGUGGUGACGGUGGAGGGAUGCCCGUCCUUCAUCAUCCUGGACUGGGAGAAAACUGACAACGACACCACCGAGUAUGAAGUCAUUUCCACCGCUAAAGGACCCAAUGGCGACCAGGUUUCCAUCCUGACCACCAACCAGACUCACACCACUGUGGAGAACCUCAAACCUGAGAGCAGAUACGAGUUUAAGGUGAAGCCAAAGAACGAGCUGGGCGCAGGUCCUCCCAGUGAACCAGUGUCCUUCAAAACAGAGUCGGCCGACCCGCGGGUGAGCGAGAUCGUUUCAGGAAAAGACGCCAUCUGGACUCAGUUCCCCUUUAAGACGGACUCAUACUCUGACUGCCACGGCAAACAGUACGUGAAGAGGACCUGGUACCGCAAGUUUGUCGGCGUCCAGUUGUGCAACUCGCUCAGGUACAAGAUCUACCUGAGCGACUCGCUCAACGGUAAAUUCCACAACAUCGGAGAUCAGACCGGCUUCGGGGAGGAUCACUGUCAGUUUGUCGAUUCGUUCCUGGAUGGAAGGACAGGCAGGCAGCUCCGAGCCGACCAGCUGCCGUCCAGACCUGGUUUCUACAGGGCCUUACGUCAGGAGCCCGUCCACUUUGGCCAGAUAGGAGGACACUCCCACGUCAACUACGUCUCAUGGUAUGAGUGUGGAACGCCCAUCCCCGGAAAAUGGUGAACAGACAUUUUAAGAGAAGCACAUGGCAGGAGUCGUCGUCCAGGCUGGGAUGGUGACAACAGCAGGGGCCUUUACGGACCCCUGAAGUGCAUCACCUUACCCAGUGCUGUAAAAACAUGUACAGGACAUACUCGUCAGGGAAUUAGUAAGGAGAGAGCAUUUAAAAAAAAAAAAAAUGUAAUA